ACCCACCAAAAGAUGAGCUCAAAACUAUCAGUGGCAAGCGUGCGGGGCUCCGUCAAGGAGCUGCUCGCCGAGGCCAACGGCGAGAAGAAGCGCAACUUCGUAGAGACCAUCGAGCUCCAGAUCGGUCUCAAGAACUACGACCCCCAGCGUGACAAGCGUUUCUCGGGCACUGUCAAGCUGCCCAACGUCCCCCGUCCUCGCAUGUCCAUCUGCAUUCUCGCUGACGCUGCCGAUAUCGACCGUGCCAAGCAGAUUGACCUCGAGUACAUGUCGGUCGAUGACUUGAAGAAGCUCAACAAGAACAAAAAGCUCGUUAAGAAGCUCGCCAAAAAGUAUGAUGCCUUCUUGGCCUCCGAGGCUCUCAUCAAGCAGAUCCCUCGUCUGCUCGGCCCUGGUCUUGCCAAGGCCGGCAAGUUCCCAACCCCUGUGUCCCACGCUGAGGACCUAUCCAACAAACUCACCGAGGUCCGCUCGACGAUUAAGUUCCAGCUCAAGAAGGUCCUUUGUCUCGGUGUCGCCGUUGGACACGUGCAGAUGACAGACGACCAGGUUCUCGGAAACGUCAUGCUUAGCAUCAACUUCCUCGUUUCCCUUCUCAAGAAGAACUGGCAGAACGUCAAGUCGCUGCACAUCAAGAGCACGAUGGGCAAGCCCGUCCGUCUCUACUGAGCGAUUCUCUCCCGCUUCACCUUACCCAGGGUAUCGCGGAGAAGAGCAAGGGUGGUAGGUAUGGGGCUAGUGGACGCGGGUCGUCGUACACGCAAAACAUGGCCCGCACGCUUAACCAACGGCUUUGUGGGUGGAGCCGAUUGGGAGCUGGUGCGGCGCCCGCCGAUGCUAGUCGCUGCUUUCCCUCUUUUCGUCCUGUUGUAGCUGUAUGGGAUGUUGUAUGCUUUCAUGGCUUAUAACAUAUGAUUUGACAUGCGUUCGGAACUUC